AUGGCCACAACGUUUCCUUCUUCACCCUCUGCCUCCGGCCACGGCUCCUCCAUUUCUGCCGCGCCAAAUCCCCCAUAUCAAUUCACCGUCUCGGCCGAUAUGUCAGUUCCCCGGCCAGCCUCAAAGACCAACUCCCUGGGCUGGGCCGCCUCGGAUUGCCACACCUGCUACGCGCGGGGACGGCCUUGUGACCGCCAGAGGCCGCGAUGUGACACCUGCACCAAGUCCGGGGUUCUUUGUGGUGGAUUCGUCCAGAGGCUCGAAUGGCAGAGUGGCCUGGCCAGUCGAGGGAAAAUGGCUCGGAAGAGCUUCGCUUUUCCUGCUCCAGAGAAGAAGAAUCGGCCACCUCCGAAGGGAGCAGCAGCAGCAGCAGUAGCAAGACCAGAGUUGCCUCGACCGAAAACCUUUACUUUCGUACGGGAUAAUACUACGGGCAUUGUUAACUCAAGUCGACCUGGUGGUGUCGGUGGUGCGGCCCUCAAACAGAAACCGAGUCGACGAGAGCAGCACGUCAGGUUGUUGAACCACUCGGAUGGUGACGAUGACCACUGCAGUCAAUCACAACGACGGCCGUCGUCUCGUCAUCAGUCAAAGACCAACCUGUUGAGUGAUGGCCCCGUGGCCGUCCUACCGUCGCUGCCGCCUCCGACCAAGGAAAAAGAGUCGACUGCCCUUCUUCGCCCAAUGAACAAUUUCUUUCAGCUACCGUCCGACGUGUUGGAGAUCCUAUCCUUCUACGAAUGGAGGUUCUCCUUUGUCACCCUGACCUUCCACGUCAGAGUCAACCCGUGGCAGUCGUGUCUCCCUAUAGCGUUUGAACAUCCACACCUGAUGGACGCAAUCGUCGCGCUCGGCAAAAGAUACCGCGCCCAAGUGUCGAAUUUGAGCGAGGAUCUGGCUGUGCUCGAGCUCAAGGACCGGGCGUUGCGAUCAUUCAACAAAACCCUGGGCACGGUGACAGCCGCACCUGACCCGGCAGUUCUAAUCGGAACCAUCUUGACCUUGAUCGCAUUGGAUUACGCCGAGAGCGGAUAUUCCAACUGGUCGCACCAUCUCCGGGCUGUCUCUAGCAUCGUCGAGGCUGGAGGAGGAAUCGACAUGGUCCGAAACAACUCGUCCCUUCGGAGCCAGAUGGCCAUGCUGGCUUGGUACGAUGUGACCAGCGCCCUGCUCUCUCGCCGAGGCCCCAUCUUCCCCCGGCGGUACAUCGAGACACUCAUGACCUCGCGCUCCGAGACCGAAUGGAGUCUCCUGGCCCUCAACGGCUGUCCCGACGCCCUCUUUGUCGACAUCUACGACAUCGUGUCGGCGGCGGCAUCUGGCGACGCCACCGUUUCCGAAGCCAUGGAGCUCGAAAGACGACUAUGGACCGCCCGGUUCGACGAUGUCACCGACGAGAACGUUUCAUCACUACUAGAUUGCUGGAGAUUCGGACUGCUUCUCUACUGCGCUCGGGUCUUCAAAACACACGCUGUGAAUCCCUUCCCGGGUCGGGCUCGACCAUCUUCCGAGCCAGGUGAGGAAGAUCACAACGACAUCCGCGCCAGUCAAUCUCCAACCGCCACUUUCUCGACAAGCCGUCCCAUGGCGGCUUCGUCACCCUCCUCCAGGUUGGACGAAUCACCGUUGCCCACCACCAGCAUCAUUCGACCCAUCAACCGGUGCCAGUCCUUCGCCGACGAGAUCCUUGGGCUCGUGGCGAGGCUCCCACCGGCCUCGCCGCUCCAGAAGCAGUGCCUGAUCCCUCUGGUCCUCGCAGCAUGCGAGUUGAACGCGGACCCGGCCCAGGCACCGUUCCGAGCCAUGACAAGGGAAUACUGUCAGAGGUGGAAUCGGCAGACGGGGCUCCGUCUCUUCAACACCGCGCUGGACCUCGUGGAAAUCGUUUGGCAACUGAUCGACGAGGGCCUCGUCGACGUCGAAAACACCUGGUGGAGGGACGUCCUCGGAGCACUGUCGAGGCUUCGUCUCCGGCGACUCUUGGUCAACCACAAGGACAGCAGUCACCCCGCUUGGGAGGAAGAACUGGAGUCAUCCAAAUCCUGGCUGCUCGGCUAG